AUGCAGCUCCUGCUUAUCCAGCUGCAGGUGUUUCUCUUCCUGGGUGGAUGUUUCUCGACUCUACACUCUCAAAGCCAAGGUCCUCCAGAAAUAACAAUUCCCUUGAAGAUCACAGACUCUGACAGGGGCAACGAGCCUUCAGAAUGGAUCUCUUACAGCUUGAAGUUUGAGGGUCAGAGACACGUUGUCCGUAUGAAGGUCAUCAAGCACCUGCUGGCUAGACACAUGCCAGUGUUCACUUACACAGACCAGGGAGCUCUCCGUGAGGACUAUCCUUUCAUCCAGGAUAACUGCUACUAUUAUGGCCAAAUGGAUGGGGACCCAACAUCUCAGGUUUCUCUAAAUACCUGUUUUGGGGGACUCCAUGGAUUUUUACACAAAGACAACAUAGUUUAUAAAGUGGAGCCAAAAAAAAAUUCAACCACAUUUCAACACCUGGUAUAUAAGCUGGUCAACGAGAAGAUAGAAUCCCUAACUAAGAUGUAUGGAAUAAGAGUUGAAGAAUCAAAAUACCAGUCCAAGAGUAAAGAGGAUAACCAUUUAUCCACUUUAAGACAGAGCGGGAUAGAGGGCUGGUGGACCCACACGCGAUAUGCACAAUUAGCAUUCGUUUGUAGCCAUGAUACUUAUCUUGAUUAUAGUGCUAAUGUCACAGUGGUACAGAAUUUACUUAUGGAAGUAUUCAGUUCAGUACAUACAAAUUUUUUGCAACUUGACGUGCAUUUGAUUUUAGUGUCACUUGAGAUCUGGACUGACAAAAACCGUGCACUUUCUAAGCCUGGUGAUACAAUGGUAAAAUCUUUCUGUAGAUGGAAGGAAAAAACUAUUAGUACACAAAUUCAACAUGAUGGAGGAUUUUUUUUUGGCAGAAUAACUAGAAGGGAUGUGUUAUACUUGACUUAUCGAAAUCAAAUUUGUGCUGCAAAUUACAAAUGUGCUUUUGUUAACCAUUUUAAAACCGAUGUUAUUACUGCAACUGUAGUGAAAGUUUCACAAGCAUUGGGCCAACUAAUGGGUAUGUAUGAGGAUGGUGCUAAUUGUGUAUGUGGGGAUCAAAAAUGCAUUAUGACUUUUGGGGCAAAGUCUGCACAUCGUUUUAGCAACUGCAGUUAUGCUUCCUUUCACAGAGGAAAAACACAAUGCCUGUUUUAUGUACCAAAAGAUUUCAGAGAGGAACACUGUGGGAAUGGUGUGCUUGAAGGAGAAGAAGCUUGUGAUUGUGGCACCAUUGAUUCUUGUACAGCAGAUCCGUGCUGCGAGUCUGACUGCACACUGGCACCCGGGGCUGAGUGUGCUGGGGGCCUUUGUUGCCAGAACUGCACAUUUUUGCCAAGUGGAACCCUGUGUAGAAAAGAAGAAAAUGAAUGUGACCUUCCUGAGUGGUGUAAUGGGAAAAGCUCUCAGUGUCCAGAUGAUGUGUAUGUACAGAGUGGGAUUUCCUGCGAGGAUGGUGGAUACUGUCAUGAGAAGAGAUGCAACAAACGUGAAGACCAGUGUAAAAGACUCUUUGGUGACCAGGCUAAGAGAGCUGGUCUCAAAUGUCAUUUAGAUGUCAAUACUCGGGGUGAUCGGUUUGGUAACUGUGGUUUCAAUUACACUUCAUUUGGAGCAUGCCCUAUUAAGGAUUCUAUGUGUGGCAGACUUCAGUGUGAGAAUGUAGUAUCUAUUCCUUCUCUUUCACAUCAUAGUACCUUGAUUUCAACCAAUAUCAGUGGCACUAUUUGCUGGGGAAUUGACUACCACUUGGGGGCAAACAUAUCUAACAAUGGAGAAGUAGAGGAUGGAACUGAAUGCGGCGAACAUCAUAUUUGCAUUAAACGACGAUGUACUCCUCUAUCAUACUUCACAGAACGUUGCUCACCUCAGACAUGCAGAAUGCAUGGAAUCUGCAACAAUAGACAUCACUGCCACUGCAACCAUCCUUGGCGCCCACCCUAUUGCUAUGUCCGAGGUUGGGGAGGUAGCCUGGACAGCGGCCCACCCAAUGCAAGUGAUUUUGAUGAAGAAGAUAUUUCAACUGACAGUGUAUUUGGGUCUGAAUACACACACACACACGCUUCUUUUUAUGUCCUUUUAUUGCGUGUCAUUGUGUUGCUGCUCAUUCUUCUUGUUAUAUUUAUCAAAACAAACAUCUAA